AUGCACGCACGACGCGACGGCAAACAUCCUGCCUUUGGUGCUGAGUCUCCGAUCUCACCUGGGGCCACUGGGCAACUACUCUCAAGGUCGCCCUCUCCUGAUCCAGCAUACUCCCCUCCGCUUUACCCUGCAGAUCAUCUGGACAACAUUGCGCCGUCCUCUCCUACGCGUUCCGGUGGUCACAGAGAGUCGGAGCCUCCGGAUGAGGACAACGGUCUCCCACCACGUCCAGCUCUCCGUGAUCUCACUCAAGACCCAUCGGAACGGCUGCUCGCACCUGCGACAAUCGAGGCGCCGCAGUUCCGCCUCAUCUACCUCCUCACCGUCAUCGACAACGCCUUCAAGCACACAACUGUCGCAGAUUGUGACAAACGACUCAAAGACCACCUCAACGUUAUCAAGAUCAUGCAGCCUCUCCCGAUUGCGCCUCGGAAGCCAGCAACAACUCUUGCAACAGCACAUCGGAGACUGGGACUGAACAUCGACAACUACUUCGACCGGGUGGCUUCUGACCCUCAUCUGACAUAA